AUGCUCAAGCUAACUUUUAUUGCUCGCCUUUCGGAUUCACUGCCGUUGGCAGAAUCUAUCGAUGAAAAAGAUGGAGAGGAUGACAACAUCACUAAAUCGGGAUUUAGUAAUGGUAAAAAAUCAAACAACGUUCAACCCGAUCCCUAUGAGCAAUAUAAAAACCAACGAAAAAAGAUUUUGGAACAAUUAGCAUUGUUAGGAUCAAACUCUAAUGAAAAGAUGAGUAUUGAUAGCGGACCUAUGGUUUUUCACACUCUCACCAGUUCUGGUUUAAUAUACAUGACCCUAUGCGAAAAAUCAUACAGCUCUCAACUAGCAUAUGCUUUUUUAGAUGAAUUAAAAAAGGAGUUUGAACAAUUGUACGGAACUGAAGUUCACAAAGUAGAACGGCCAUAUGCUUUCAUGAAAUUCGAUACAUUUAUUCAAAAAACACGAAGAGUUUACACCGAUUCACGUACAAAACGAAAUUUACAAAUAUUGAAAGAUGAAUUGCAAGAUGUUCAUCAAAUUAUCAAAAAGAACAUCAGUGAUGUUAUUGGACGAGGAGCACAAUUAGAACAAAUGGGUGCAAUGAGUAACGAAAUCCUGGAUGGUGCUAAAAAAUUCAAAACGCAAGCAGCAGAGUUAGCUGAUUUAACAUUUUGGAAAAAGUACAAAAUAUUCAUUAUCAUUGCAGCAGUAUGCUUGUUUUUACUCUUGCUACGUUAUAUACUAUUCUAA